CAAAAUUUAAGUGGGAUGAUGAAAAAAAAUGAUCGUAAUCACAAUGGAAGAUUUACCUCAAUGGACAGAAUAUAUUAAGGUAAACAAAAAUGCUGCCCCUUAUCGCAACAAGUGCAUAGAAAAUUGGGAAGAUAUUUGCACUUUAUUUGGUGCAGAUAGAGCCGUCGGGGAUGGUGCAGAACAACACGAGGAGGCAGCGGAUGCCAUGGAGGGGGAGACGAUCUGUGAACGAACAAGCUCUUCUAAGGAUCCAACUAAUUCAAGCUCUCGCAAGCGGAAAAAGGAUAGUGUAGCUGAUGCGGUAAAUAGUUUUGCCGAGUCAUUUAUAGAGUACGUGCAAAGCAAGAUUAAAGACGCUUCGAAACUCACUUGUCAAGAGAUUCACGCUGUUGUUUCUCAAGUGCUUGGCAUUUCUAGGAUUCAGACUAUGUGGGCAGUAAAGAAGUUUAUGAAUGGUAAUCCCGACGAGUUUCUGAUACUGAAAGAACUACCGGAGGAUGAGAAACUCGACUGGAUACUCUUAUGCCUUGACGAGUAG